AACAAACUGGUGGAGGCUUUGAUUAAUUUGUAUUAAUCCAGUAGAUAAUCUACCAUCUUUAUAAUAUUAAGAGAAAACCGUAACUCUAAAAAUUAAAUGUAUAAAUAUAUAAGAUAGCUAACACAAGCCAGCUACACUGCUCAAUUAGCUUUCUGUUUCCUAGCAACAGACCGGAAGUCAAACUCGGAGCAGCAGAUGCUAACGCAUGCUAACAAGCUUAGCAGCACCGAACCGACCGUGUUUCUGGGUUUGAUUCGCCGCUCGUUUGGUCGGUGAGUUUUCACGGGAUGUCAGAGGAGGCUCGACGCGGGGAGGAGGAGGACCGCGGGCCCGGUUCGGUCCAUCAGGUGUUUGUGGUGAUGGAGAACCUCCUGGAGAAGUUGAAGGUUCUGAACUACGAGGAGGAGGUUCUGUCCAAACACAACAUGAAGAACCUGUCCAGCUCCGGUGGUGAAAAUCAAGCAGAGCCUGACGAAGCUGAAGCAGGAGAUCCUCCAGAUGGACGUGAGGAUCGGCGUGGUGGAGCACACGCUGCUGCAGGCCAAGCUCAAAGAGAAGUCCAACAUGACCAGAGAGAUGCUCGCCACCAACAUGGUGGAGCCCGCCGCCGGCUCCACAGCUUACUGUCCUGUGACAGGACGAGUCCUGGACGUCUGGAUCUGAAGCCUCAGCAGGCAGACUGUAAAUAAUCUGUUUACAGACUGUAAAUAAUCUGUUUACAGACUGUAAAUAAACUCUUUACAGACUGUAAAUAAACU